CUAAACUCUAAUUUCAAAAUCAACACCCCUCAAAAAUUCCCAAAAUCGAACGAAAAUGGCGGAGCACUACGGUCAGUACCAACAGUCGGGAAGACCAUACUCGUACCCCCAGCAGCAGCAGCAGCCGGUGAGCCACCAGGUGGUAAAGGCGGCGACGGCGGUGACCGCCGGCGGUUCGCUGCUGGUCCUGUCGGGGCUUACUCUGGCGGGGACGGUGAUCGCGCUGACAAUAGCGACGCCGCUGCUGGUGAUCUUCAGCCCGGUGCUGGUGCCGGCGGCGGGAGCGUUGUUCCUGCUCUGCGCGGGGUUCGUGGCGUCCGGCGGGUUCGGCGCGGCGGCGGUGGGCGUGAUGUCGUGGAUUUACAGGUACCUGACUGGGAAACAUCCGCCGGGGGCGGAUCAGCUGGAGACGGCGCGUACGAAACUUGCGACGAAGGCGCGUGAGAUGAAGGAGAGGGCAGAGCAGAACAUUCCAGGCACUUAAUUAAUUAAUUAAUUAUGCUUCUUCUUCAUAGCCUUUCUAUCUGUACUCUCUGGCUUUAAAUAUACAUACACGUAUGUAUGUAUAUGUAUGUAGUAUUAUAUAUAUAUAUAUGUAUAUUUGUGGUUUUGAUGUUAUGAUCGAUGUCGGAAUUGAAUAAGAAGUUAUGGAAAUGGAAAUAAAAUAGUAAAUUUUAUUA